CCGCCACCCUUUCGCUCCGCGGAGAUUCACAUUUCAACGCUCCAAAUACCACCACGGCCUUAUCUCUCAACCGACUGGGUGCUAGUCAAUGCCCCUGGACAAAAGCCACCCUACAGCGGCUCGGGGAUCGCAGUAGCCUUGUCCCUUAUCGCGGCUCUUGUCUGAUCGCCCUGCCGCAGCCCGUCACACCUGGCACACCUGGCGCCCCUGACCAAUGGCAUGUUGGAUAUUUGACCACGGACGAUCAGCUUAUCGUAGGUGAGCAGCUUGGCUUGCAGAUAGGAGCUGCCCAGGCUAGUACAGUCGUAGUAGCUUCGGUACAUGGCCGUCAGUCUGAAUGCCUGAUGAUGCUGCAGGCCUUAUCUCGCCAUGCCAUACCAUGCCCACGCGAGGACGAGUCUUGUCUUCCGACAUGCAUUCUUUGAGACAGGAUAUGGAACCCCAAGCCAAAAAGCACAUGCAAAUACCUACCAUUCGUCUGAAUCGUUAUCUCUGCCGGUUAAUUCAGUUCCGAAAAUUGGCUGCCCUUUCUCGCUCGCUUGACUGAUUACGCCUCGACACUUCAGGUUAUCUAUCCAGGAACUGUCAGGGGCUCAUGGCAUGUUUUCCUAAAACACCAAAAUAUUUCUUGGAUACUUGACAAAAAAACCUCUGAAUCUAUAAUUGCAGAGCAAGUGUUCCGCCAAGAACGAUCGUUACCGUUGAGAGGCUACCACGUUAUCAACUUAUCGGCCACUGAGACUCUGUAACACUGCAUUUCAACGGGCCGCUCUUAGCCCCCGUCAUCAGCCCAGUUCUUAUCGGAUUAACGAGGAAUCGUUUGCAGAAAUCUGGUUUGAGCAUCUCCGGCCUUCCGGACUAUUGCUGGCUUGUUCACUCACCACAGUCUCAUUGAGACAGCACAGCCAGAUAGACCUCUUAUCGACUCGAAUUCCCACAAAAAAGAUCUAGGAAAUCCGGAGAUACAGUUUUCGAUAUUCUUGUCAAUCUGGGGUCGUGGAGUAUACGAUAUUCUUAUUCUAUAUAUCUUCCAAGCAUUGUCCAUUUCCAAAAAAGAUAUUCACCAAGCUCAACAUCGACAAGCAACUCAGAGACAAACGGAAACCUCUUAGCUCUCACGAAUUCUUUCAUCCGUUUUCAAGAGAGCCAAAUUAGUUGUCUUGACAUUUCCCAAUCUCAUCGAUUAGCUUGUUCAAGAUGGGUUUUCAAAUCGCCCACCUGUGGAAGGCCCCUGAGGUCAACCCCAUCAGCCGAAAAGCACGAAGUGUGCCUAUGCUCAACCCUAUCGACAUCUAUGGUCGAGUAUUCUCUUUCUCAUGGCUCGGUUUCAUGCUUGCUUUCUGGGCAUGGUACACCUUCCCACCCCUAUUGACGGUCACUAUCAAAGAAGAUCUUCAUCUCACACCGGCUCAAAUCGCAAACUCCAACAUCGUUUCUCUAUCUGCUACUUUCUUCCUUCGAUUCUUGACCGGCCCUCUUUGUGAUCUGUAUGGACCUCGACGUGUAUUUGCCUACUUGAUUCUCCUCGGCUGCUUCCCCAUUGGCCUCGCACCACUUGUCAACAGCGCCACUGGCCUAUAUAUCUCUCGAUUCUUCAUUGGUAUUCUCGGUGCAACUUUUGUCCCUUGCCAGGUUUGGUGCACUGGUUUCUUCGAUAAGAAUGUUGUCGGCACUGCCAAUGCCCUUGCCGGUGGCUGGGGUAAUGCAGGUGGUGGAAUCACUUACUUCAUCAUGCCUGCCGUCUUCGACUCACUAGUCGCUCACCAGGGCAUGUCCCCUUCCAAGGCGUGGAGGGUUACCUUCAUUGUCCCCUUGAUCUGCCUGAUCGUCUGCGGUCUCGGCAUGCUGUUCCUUUGCCCUGACAGCCCUAUGGGAUCGUGGGAGGAUCAGGCUAUGCUCGUCCGAAAGAACAUGGAGGCUCAUGGAAUGUCUAGCUCUGGUGACGUUACUCCCGUCGGUACACCUGACCGCUGCGGUUCAGAUGAGGAGAAGAACCCCGGUGAGGAGAGGGAUGUCAAGGUUGGCGACCACGAGCACCCUAUCUCGCGCAACGAGGCCAUGGAGUUCGCUCGAGGUGAGGUCAUUGUCAAGCCAACUCUUCGUGAUGCCCUCCAUGUCUGCUACUCUCCCCAGACCAUCUUCCACGUGGCGACCUAUGCAUGCUCCUUCGGUGGCGAGCUUGCUAUCAACGCCAUUCUGAGCUCCUACUUCAAGAAGAACUUCCCCCACCUCGAUCAGACCAAGGCCAGCAACUACGCCGCUAUCUUUGGUUUCCUCAACUUCCUCAACCGUCCUCUUGGUGGAGUUAUUGCCGACAUCAUCUACAACAAGUGCGGACGCAACCUCUGGCUCAAGAAGGUCUGGAUCGUCGCUUGCGGUGUGCUGACCGGAGCUCUUCUCAUUGUCAUCGGAAAGGUCAACCCCUCUGAAGCCAAUGGCGGUGAUAUUGGUACUUUGGUUGGCCUCGUCGUGGUCAUGGCCAUCUUCAUCGAGGCUGGCAACGGUGCCAACUUUGCUCUUGUACCUCACGUUCACCCCUCUGCCAACGGUAUCCUUUCAGGCCUGACCGGUGGUGGUGGUAACAUUGGUGGUAUCAUGUUUGCUGUUGUCUUCCGCUUCAUGCACGGCGGUAACGACUACGCCAUGGGUCUCUGGGUCAUUGGCAUUAUUACCAUCGCGUUGAACUUGGCGGUUUGCUGGAUUCCUCCUCUGCCCAAGGGCCAGGUUGGUGGCCACUAAGUGCAGAGUUGCAGUAUUGGAAAAGGGAAAAAUACGAAUGGGAUAGACGAGUGUUUUAUGAACUUGUUAACUGGUUUAAACGGCGAGCGGGCGCGCACUGGAAUUGGUCACGAUUUGCGAAUGGUUAAACCAUUGUUGGGAUAGAAGGAAUUGGUACGGAGUAGCUAGGAUAUCCCGCCGCAUCAGGCUCGAUGCGAGAUUCAUUUCAUGAAUAUUAUUGGAUCAUAAUUAACCAAAUGUCUUCGAA